AUGGCAACGAGCGGUGUCACCGACACCUCUACCACUGUCUCCGUAAUCUCACAGACUGGCAGCCCCGACGGCAUUCCACCUCUCCUCCGCGAGCGCCAGCUCCUCGCACAAGACACCUUCUACUGGCUCUUCACACCCCUGAACGUCUCCCUAGUUCUCCUCGUCGUCACGCUCCUGUACCUCCGCUUCCGCCCCGCUGCCCCAGUCGAGCUACCCACCGGCCCACCAGCCACUGUUUUCCGCACCUUCACGCCACGGACACUACUGCCCAACAACGGCACGAAAGACCAGCCAGUGUAUUUGGCAGUCAAAGGGAAGGUGUACGAUGUGACAUCUGGAAGGAACUUCUAUGGACCUGGAGGGCCGUAUGAGAACUUCGCCGGCAGGGAUGCCACGAGAGGACUGGCGUGCCAGAGCUUUGAUGAGGAGAUGUUGACAAAGGAUUUGGAUGGGCCGUUGGAUCCGUGUACGGAUCUCACUAGUGAACAGCUCGAGAACCUGAACGGGUGGGUAGAAAGGUUUGACGAAAAGUAUCUGGUUGUGGGAAAGCUGAUAGCAUUCAAGAGGACCGAGUUUCAUUAA